AAGUACUACUAGAUGGUGCGGUUUAGUUGUACAGCAGCAGCCAGCCUGAUGACCCUUAUCGUGAAGAUCUCCUUAAGCGUCCUCGCGGUUAUCGUCUUCCAAAGGGUCGCUGCGGUCCCUCAUGGGACAUCCGAGAACGACGGCCUCUUGAGGAGACCGGAAAAGAGUGGCCCACGAAAUUGGGGGAAGAUAAAAUCUCUUAACACGGGGAGAGGACAAGAUGCAGUGGGCAUCUUUCUUGGGGGCGGGAAAAAUGAAGAGAUGAUGGAAUAUUCAGAGGGAAAGUUCCUUCUGGAUCUCGGUUGGGCAAUGCAAGAGGACUAUGCCGUUGAUCUUCGCAGUUUGAAGCUUCCUACAUCCGACGAAACAGAAGAGGACUUGACAUACGCUGGCGGAAGAGCAUCAGAAAAAAUGCCAACAGACGAUGAAAUGGCCCAAAUUUUAAAACCAUCUAACCAAGAGGCUGCGUCCCAGGCCAAUUGAUUUGGCCCUGUUCAUGUUCAACGUCAGGGGAAGGGGAUGUCUCGAUCACGUGCCGUAAUGCCCAAGGACCCGACUUGAUACACAAAGCACUGAUACCCAAUUAUCCCAGAGCUAAUCUCAAGAUCCUGAAUAUUGCAAAGUCUAAUGUAGGAAGGCUUCCGAAGGACAUUUUACAUGGCAAAACAUUUGAAGAAAUGAACCUCUACGGAAGCGGAAUUCGGGGCAUUGAGGAGGGCGCCUUUGCCGGAUGCCAAGAGACGCUUCGUUUGAUCAGACUCAACUCGAAUCACUUGCAGAGCUUCAACUUUACUCAACUGGUCAACUUCCCUCAUCUCGAGAUGAUCGCCCUCAGUGGCAACCAACUCACCAGCAUAGAAGGUUUCGUGGGGUUGCCUACAUUACCUCUCACGACGCUGUACAUUGGACAGAACCUCAUCGACAGUCUGCCUUCUGACGUCUUCAUUUCACUGGAAAACUUAGGCUUGCUCGACUUGAGCUACAACGACAUAUCUUUCAUCCCGGAGGGUGUGUUCCUACCCCUCAAACAACUAGAAGUUAUUUACUUGCAAGGGAAUAAGCUAGGGCACAUAUCCACCGGAGCCUUUUGGUUUUCCACUCCAAUAUUGCGAAGCCUGGACAUAAGAAAACUCGAUGCGCGCACCACCGACGUAGACAUAUUUCGAGGAGUUGGUCUUAGCACUAAGGUUAACUUUGAUAUGAAUCACAUGAAGCACCUGUAUGAAGAGACCUUCGAGCCUGUCCUGCGAAACGUUUCGACAGAAUACGGGUGGUUCAGCGUCUUCGGCAGCUGGUUGGUGUGUGACUGCGACGUGCUGUGGAUUCUGGAAGACCAGAAUUUGGUGGACCACCUUUUCAGCGCCACGUGCAACAACUGGACGUAUCUGAGUGACUUGAAUUACGACGUCCUAGCGGAGCAGUGUGCUCAGCAAACCACGCAAAUACCUUUGUGGGAAGAGGACACCGAGCUUGAACUUAUCCUAUGAAUGUAAAUGCGACUAAACUUCAUUUUAUGACCGCCAUGCAACGGUAGACAAAUGGCCGUGAAUUUAACUUGUGGCUACAGGUUUAAAUUUCGGACUCAUUGCAGCGCUUUGUAUCUUAACCUGCAGUCAAAUAAAGCAACAAAAUUGGU